CGCUGCUGCCGCCCGCAAAGGCCAGGGCCACAGCAGGCGCCGAGAGGGCUCCGACGGAGUGGUGCGGAUGCCCUCGGGCCCGGCCAUGCCUGGCGUGCCCGAGGAGGCGGCGAGCGACGAGGAGGCGGCGGGCGCCAAUCGCAGGGCGAAAAAAAGGCCUUCCCGCCCGUCGUCCCUCGCGCGACGGGCCUGCGGGGACAGAGGUCGCCACCGCAGGGCAGGAGCCCGAGCGGCCCGGGGAGGUGCGCAGGGCCGGCCACCAGCGGCCGCGGGCAGCUGUCCACGGCCACGGCGUCUGCGCAGCUCGACUGCCACGCGAGCCUGAGCUCGACUCGCUCGACGGGCUCGGGCUCUCUGCCGGACCGCACGGAGCACCACUUGACCUUGCCCGAUGCCCCGCAGAGGCCUCGUGGCAGCAGCUUCCGUUCGGCACUCAGCAUCGGCUUCGGUCGGUAUCCUUCGUGUCAUCGUGGCGGUGCCCAGAGACUUUCGGCCAGCCGCCCAAUAGAUAGGCUGUCGCGAGAGGAGGAGUUCGCUUUGAAGCUAAUGCGGGAGGAGGAGGAGGAGAUGAAGGAGCGAGCAGCGCGUAACUUGUUUAACCACAUGGAGCGCAGCAGACUGUCUUUCUUCGUUGGCUCCACGGCGUGAUAGAUGAGAGGAGGCGACUCGUCUUCUCUAUCGUAGCGAACCCUAACUUCGACUUCGCAUUCGGCUUCAUUGUCAUAAUAAAUGCUGUCACGAUCGGCAUAGAGACCACCUUGAGCCGGAAUGGCGAGUCCCUCCCGACCUGGAUCCACGUCUUGGAGAACAUCUUCCUUCUCGCGUACGUGUGCGAGCUGUUCUUUCGCGUGUACGCCGUCGGAUUGGCGGAGGUAUUCGGAAAUAAUUGGAUACGCUUGGACGUUGGUCUUGUCCUUUCAGGUGGUUUGAAUUUGCUCAUCAAUCUGACAUCGGCAGAAGAGGGUGCAAGCAAAGUUACGGAUAAUGUCAAUAUGCUGAAAAUGGUCAGGCGCUUCCGUUUGGCCAGGGUAGUGCGGCUCCUGAGGCAGUUCCGCACGCUGUGGAUGCUCGUGCAAGGCCUCAUGAGCUGCCUUAUGCCAAUGAUCUGGACAAGUGUCAUCAUGCUGGUUGUUGUGUACGUCUUCGCCGUUGGGGGUAUGGAGCUCAUCACCGCGGACACGAAUUCCCCAGAAAACUACGCUGAUGCCACUUCGAGGUUUGAUACUUUGUUUGAAGCUAUGACUUUCCUUAUCCAGUGCAUGACUCUGGACAGUGUCUCGGCUGUGUAUAGGCCGAUCAUCGCCCACAAUCCCUGGCUGUGCACUUAUUUCCUCAUCUUCCUGCUUAUCGGGCCCAUCGCCCUCAUGAACGUGAUCACCGCCAUCCAGGUCGAGGCGCUCUUUCGGAGCGCCGCGGAAGACCACGAUGCGAAGAAGGCUUGGGAGAAGGCUUGGGAGAAGCAGAUGAUGCCGAAGCUGAAGAGCAUUUUCAGUGCACUAGACGCCAACGAUAACGGUGAGGUUGACUUGGAUGAGCUGGUCAAUGCCCCCGAAGAACUCAAAGAGCAGUUGAGGCGCAUCGUGGACUUGGACCAGAUGGAGGAGAUUUUCCGCAUGCUCGAUUUCGACGGCAGCGGUGCCAUUGAUAUCGACGAGUUUGUGGACGGCAUCAUGCGUACGCAGCAGGACAAGCCCACGGAGCUCAUCUUGCUCCUGAAGCAAAGCAAGGCGAUCCUGGACCACCUUGGGACAAAGGACGGAGGCCUUCAAAAGGGGUACAUGGCAGAAAGACGCAGAAGCAGCGAAGAUGCAGCAGUAGCGAGGUCGAACAUUCAAUCGCCACGAUGAGCGCGCCUCUGGCCUAGUAGGUGGAGCUGCCCCGAAGCAGGGCAAGCCUGCUAACUUCUCAUCGCCCUCGUGAAAUGCAGGGGUGGUUGAGGGGAUAGUCGAGGUGGGCGAGGUGAAGAUGGAGGGCGAACCGCCCCCAGUGUCUUCUGGCCGUUGGUUCGCAAGGAAAGAUAGGGAAAGUGCGCCCCCUUUUUCCGCUGGCUGGUAGACGAGCUUUUGCAGCUAGCCUUCUCGGUGCGGCUCGCUCGUCUCUUCAGCAUGCCAGCGUACAGUUCCCGUACAGUUCCCGAUGUGCAUGCCAGGGGCGCUUCGUGUCGGCGCCAGCUGCCGUUCAAUCGCACAGCCAGCAGCCGCCGGGGCGCCCCACGCAGCCGAGCUGCCUGCCGGUCGAGGGGGGCGAGCGCGGCGGCGAGGCGACAGAGUCGCCGGCCUUCCCGCGCGGUGCCUCUCCUCCCUCCCCUGGCACCAGGCCUCGGAGCAAAUUAGCGAACACAUGCCACAUUUAUCCUGGAAUGGAUGUUGUGGCAAGCUCUCGGUCCAGGACAUUGCAUCAAAAGGAGUCCAUUGAGGUUCUUUGCUGUUAAUUUGUUGUUUGCUUGUAAGUUUGACUCGGUCCCAGCAGGCACCGAGAGUUGACACCUCAGAUAGUCAAGCGUGACCAUGGCUUCUUCACAACUGACGUGCUUUGCCUCCGUUGCCAGUGUGUCAUUCGCGGCUCCUUCCCCUGGGACAGCCAGAACGUGCACGUUGUUGUACAGCCAUGCGUGGGGUUGUUCGGCACGCCCUGUCGGGGAGAGCCACCUUUCGAUGUUCGAGCGCAAGUAGUGUCUAGGGCGCAGGCGACCGGCACGAAGAUGCAGCCCAGCGCCACAGUCGUGGUUGCGCGGGAUGCCUACGUUGCCUCUGUCGCCUGUGGCAAUCGAAUCCUGGGGCACUUCAACAUCCCAAAGGUUGGCUACACAGCCAUGCGUGAGAUUCUCGAGCAAGCUAUGUGCAUCGCAAACAGAAGUCCUUCACGAUAGCGAUAUUUGUGAGCUCCGCUGUCACUGGCCAUUCCGUGCACAUGUCGGUUUUGUUUCUAAAUUGCCAGGUCCCGAAAUAGGGAAUCCUGACCUUCAGGUUCUUCUUAAGUAUGUGGGCAAGGCCUGACUUCUUGUCCGGCCGUCUCUUGGGGCGAUGAGCAGAAGUGCACGUAAGCCGCCGUUUUUGCCAUUCCUGGCGCGCGUUUGAAAUCUUUCUGCGGCAGGUGGGCAACGUCUUCCGCCACGCGGGGGGCCAGCCCUCCUGUUACGCAGCGUUUGGCUACAACGCAGCAUUUAGGUAUUGUCUGUGGUGCCUACUUGCUGAGAGUAGACAACCUACCUCUGAUUGCUCGGGGUGAGCAACAUGAGGGGGUGGAGGUUGAGGGGCCAACACCAUCGACGAAGGCAUCGAUGGACUUGGUUUUGCUUCUUCGUGUGUCCCAAGACCAGGUGGUUACAUGUUGGCCUGCUUGCGCGCCCAAACAACGAGUCUGCGGGGAGGAAGAGGGUGAACAAACGACCUGUUCCGAUGGCGGCUCGUCCGUUGCAAUUCGAAUAUGUUCCCCACUGUGGCGGUCGGAGGAGGCUAGGGAUAAAUAGCAGCACGAGGAGGACCAUCAGUGAUAAGGACAUCGAUGGAGGGGUUGGAGACGAUGAGGAGCCAAGGCAGUGUUUUUCACGCGCCUCUGCACCUGCUGUCCGUCUCCGCAGCUCCUCCUCCAAUCCGCCCCAGGCUCGCUCCGUUAAGCUUGGCGCAAGCUAGUAAUCGGCACGUCAGCCAGUUUCUUGCGCUCGGCCCAGGGUAUGUGUUUGUUAUUGUGUGCUUUGUCGGUUUGAUUCGGACGGGUGUCUUACGGCUAACAUUGACGCUUGUCUGACUGUCAUAUCAUCGAAUAUAUGAUCAUGUAUUCGUUUUUGUACGGUCCUAGCCAUCUGAUGGUGAGUUUGAUUGAGACCGCCGUCAUAAGAUGGUCAGUUCGACCGCAAAUUCUCCCAGACGCGAAAUCGGCGGACUUCACCCUAUGUUGCUUGCUUCGCGUAUCGGCGUUGCAGGCGUGCGUACUCGUAGGGCAUGCGAGACCCUGGGGGAGGAGGAGG